AUGGCGAAAUUCUACAUCCACCCGUGGGCGAAAGUCGGCAGCUUGAAAAACGCCACCGUCAUGGAUCUGACCGCGGAACUGGCCAACAUGAAAAUUGAGAACGAUUUACGGCGGCAAGUGCAGGACGACAUCCGGAGAUUGAGGGAUAUGGGCACAUAUCGUGGAAGGAGACACGCUAUGGGCUUGCCCGUGAGGGGCCAGAAGACAAGGACACAGAUUGCUACUGCGCGACGGUUGAACAAGAUGGAGCGAGGCGGUAGUGGAAGAGUGGGGCUGUAA